AAUGCAAAAAUACAAAAGUUAGUUGUUAAUAUAAAAAUUUUUUUAUAAAAAUAUAUUUGUAUUUAUUUUAUUCACUCAAAAAAUGGCUGAAAAUUUAAAUGAUAAUUUUUAAGCAAAAAAAUUUUUAGCAACAAAUAUGCCAAAAACUAAUAACAAUGAUCAACGGGCAAAUAGAUCAAAUGAUCUGGCAAACAUCGGUGAUAAUAAUAACAAUGAUAAUCAGGAAAAUAAAUCAAAUGCAAAUAAAAAUGUCGUUUCGGACAUAUCUAAAAAUAGCGUCCAUAAAUCUAAAGGUGCUAUACCCAAACAAAAUAAAACAGUCAACCAAAAUCAAAACAAUAAUACUAUUGAUAAUAAUAACAUUAAUAAUGACAAUGAUUUGAAAACAUUGACAGAUAAAUCAAAAAUAAAUGUUUCAAAAGAGCGUAAAAUAAUUGACAAAAAAAUGGCCGAAUAUUCACAUUUAAAUUUAGACAGAAUUACCUUGAUAAAAUUAAUUAAAAGUGAGAUCAAUGAUGAUAAGUUAAGAAAAAGCAAAAAUCAAUUAAGUUUAAAAUCUAGUAAAAAUAAACAAUUUAAACAAUUAGUGAAUAAAUUAAUUGAAUCAGCCCGGGAUCCAAAUAAUCCCAAUGUAUUGUUGAACCGGAAUCCUGAAUAUUAUGAACAACAGGCAAAUGAAAUAAUAGAAAAACAAUUUAACAAUAAUGAUAAUGAUGAUGAUGAACAAGCACAACUUGAUGAAAUAAUUGCUAUAAGUAGUGUUGAUCUAGAUGAUGAUAGUGUUCACAACAAAACUAAUUCAACACAUUUUCGAUGCAAAUUAUGUAACAAUAGAUAUCCUAAUGAUUGUGCCGUUGAUUAUGGUUGUCAUCAGCACCUGUAUUGUCGGGACUGUAUACACCAAUUGAUGACCAAUGCCAUCAAUAAUAAUUGUAUUGAACCACUGGUAUGUCCUAAAAUCAACUGUUCAAUGGUGGCCACUAGACAACUGGUGAAGGAUAUUGUGGGCGUAGAGUUGUACAAUCAAUACAAUCAACUUAUGAUUUUGGUUGACAUUAGUAAUAUGGAUAAUACUGAUAAUACGUAUUACUGUCCAAAUACUGACUGUACGGCUGAGAUAGUUGUCGACAAUAUUGAACAAUCAAUGGCUGGAAACUGUUGGAAAUGUGAUCAAACAUUUUGUACGAUAUGCCUAAAAUCGUAUCAUCCGGAAACUGAUUGUAGUUUUGAUAAUAAUAUUGAUGGUAUUGAACGGGAACAGGAACAGAAACGGGAACGGGAACGGGAACGGGAACGGGAACGGGAACGGGAACGGGAACGGGAACGGGAACGGGAACGGGAACGGGAACGGGAACGGGAACGGGAACGGGAACGGGAACGGGAACGGGAACGGGAACGGGAACGAACAAGGGCAAUGGCAAUGACAAUGGCAAGGGAACGGGAACGGGCAAAAGAUAGGGAACGGGCAAGGUCAAUGGCAAGGGAACGGGAACGGGAAAAGGAACGGGAACGGACAAGGGCAAUGGCAAUGGCAAGGGAACGGGCAAAAGAUAGGGAACGGGCAAGGUCAAUGGCAAGGGAACGGGAAAGGGAACGGGAAAAGGAACGGGAACAGGAACAGGAACAGGAACAGGAACAGGAACAGGAACAGGAACAGGAACAGGAACAGGAACAGGAACAGGAACAGGAACAGGAACAGGAACAGGAACAGGAACAGGAACAGGAACAGGAACAGGAACAGGAACAGGAACAGGAACAGGAACAGGAACAGGAACAGGAACAGGAACAGGAACAGGAACAGGAACAGGAACAGGAACAGGAACAGGAACGGGAACGGGAAAAUCAUAGAAAUAAUAAUAAUGGAAAUGAACAAGGUCGAUUUGUAAAUAUAGCACUUAUUGUGUCAUAUUGUGCAUUAGGAGCAAUGAUUAUUUUUGAGUUUAUAAAAGGAUAA